CUUGAGGUUUAAGUACAUCGCUUAUUAUUUUUUUAGACAAGCUAUGACGGAUUAUACGCCUGUGAAGGUUGUCCGAUGGAACGUCCUUCACUUACUGCUGACGAUUGCCGGUACGCAAGGUUUUAUGUUGCUGACAUCCGACUCAGCAAUUUUCGAGUAUCAACAAUUUUAUCAUAUGCAAAGUCAUAUAACGUUAACCUGCAACACGAGUGAUAAUGUUAGCUCUAUUGAGUUUAGAAGGGAUGACACCUAUGUGGGAAGAUGCGGCAUAUUUGCUUGUGGGACAUCAAAUGAAAGCAAGUUCAUAAUGUACCAUAAUUCAGAGCCUGUUGGAUACAACAUAUUCUACCUAUGGGUGGAGGGUUUUGAAGUGAACGACGCAGGCUUUUAUACAUGCGUUGAUAUUAUGUCAUCGCAGGUCUCUGGAAUACAAAUCACGUAUGCAGUUCACUUCGCAGUGACAUUUACACCAAAGACGUACCUUGUAUCGGUGACUGAAAACGUCCUACAGCGCUUUCGCUGCGUUACGUCAACGUGUCGUCCGGCGGCCACAGUAAUGUGGUAUCUGGGUUCCACACAGCUGACUUCUGGAAUUGUGUCCAGCAUCUCGCAUGACGUCACUUCCAGUACACUUGAUUUCACCCCACAGAAAAGCCACCAGGGCAUGAGAAUCCUCUGUCAAGGAAGUAUUGGUGAUUGGCUAAAAAGAUCUAGUCCCCCACGAUGGUUAAACGUUCUAUAUGGCCCAGAUGAACCCGUUUGUAGACUUGAUGGGUCGGCGUUGUCAUCUACUGUUGCAUUAAGAGAAGGCUGGGAGUUUCGCCUAAAUUGCAAAAGCGACGGUAAUCCGUUGCCAAGUGUUUCCUGGACCCACCCUGGACACGGACAAGCUAGUCCUCUUUACAUCAGCGGCAUUCAAAGAACACACACGGGAUUAUUUAGGAUACAAGCACGGAACUUCUUGGUUCCAUCCAAUCAACAGGCAGUUAAUCUCACAAAGGACAUUAAUGUCACAGUCGACGUUCAAUACCCACCGGAUCCGCCGAGUUGCCGCGUGGGAUCAACUGCCAUAUCAUCAGACAUCGUAUCAGCAAUACGAGGAAACACUAUCACAAUCCACUGUUCCUGUGAUAGCAACCCGCCAUCCAAAUACUCGUGGUCUGUAACCGGAGUUUCCACUCCAACUUCUGGACAAAGUCUUGACCUGCUCGUUCAGAACGCAAUUACAUUAACGUUGACCAUGGAAAACAGCAUGCAGUUUUCAAACGGAACUACCGAACAGGGGAGACGUGAGUCGCCAUUCGACGUUAGAGUUCUUUAUCCCCCAAGCAGCCCUACUUUUCACAACGGCGGAUCAACUGGGCCGCUUAUUACAGAAAACAGCCUCUCUGUCAUCCGGGGCAAAUCAGUCACCGUGGCAUGUGUAUCCAUCGGCAAACCCGCUCCUUCCUACUCAUCCUGGAAUGGCACUAGUCAGGUGUGGACGUUUACUGCUAACUCGGACACAUCGAGGACGUGCGUGGCCUCGAACACGCUCAACCCGACCGGAUACAACGACGAGUCUAAAUCCGUAUCGGGCACACUGAAUAUUAAAGUAUUGUAUGGUGCUUCAAUCACAGACUUUGCUAUAACGAAUCUUGAAGGCAGAGAUGAUGUGGUAUUAGUUGAAGGUUCUCGUGCUAGCUUUCGUUGUACUGUAGAUAGUAACCCUGGUUCAUAUAUUGAGAUACUGAAGGAUGGACGAUCUCUCAAACACAAAAGCAAUGCACAGAGUCUAACUCUUGCGAUCGAAAAAAGUAAAUGUGAAGAUGACGGCAUCUACAUGUGCACGGGACGUAACGUCUACGACCCCGCCCCUGCUAUGAAGACAUUGCCAGUUUUUGUCAAGUGCUCUCCGCGUGCUUCCACAGACUCACCAUCAGUUUAUCAUGUGACCAGCGUUACCGACGUACCCGCAAGUUUGACCUUUAACUUGGUAGCCUAUCCGCGCCCUGAUAGAUCAGACUUUGAAUGGGAGAAACAAGUCGUGACUGGGAAUGGAUGGGAAGUCAUACACAUAACACAAAACGUUGAAAUAGUUGUCUCGGUGGAUAGGCUUCAAACAAGCAUAUUAUUUACCAGUGUGCAGGAAGUCGACUUUGGUUACUACAGAGUUAACGUGAGCAAUGAACUAGGACGUACUUCUGAAGUAUUCCAUCUUCAGUUGCAAGAGUCAGGUCCAAGUGCUGGUGCAGUUAUUGGUGGUGCAGUUGGAGGAAGUAUCGGAGCGCUAGCAUCCAUAGUUGUGGUCGUGGUUAUUCUUCGACGGAAAUAUAAAGAUGUUCCUCUUGGGGAGUCCGUAUCCUCAGCAGAGAAUGCUGAACAUAAUGCAGCUCAGACAUACGAGGAUAUUUCCAUGACAACUGCAACACCAACAUACGACGUACUAAAACAUGGAAGCAAUAGACUCGACAAUUCGCACGUGUACACGCCGUUGGAUGAGCCAAGUUCAUAUGCCUUUGUUAACGUCGAAAGUGUCAGGAAAGAGCACCCCGUUUAGAACAACACUAUUAUGAAGCGAAAACCGUGAGGAUGACCGACUGUUUUGUCUUAAGAGGAUACAAACAUGCUAUGUUUAAAAGUGUAAUGGUGUUUUCCAGGGAAAUACUGUCAUGUAUUUUUAUGUAAGCGUAUCUGUGAACGAUUAAUAACUAAAUAUUACAAACUGAUGGAUGUUUGUAAGGAAACAUAAGUGAAGAGAAAUAAGGGAACAUGUUUUCUUAUUUGAUUGAUUACAUGGUUAGAUAAAAAGUGAAUAUUACACAAAUGUUUUAUGAUCUAGUUUUACGUCUUGAAUAAUUGACCCUUAUUAAACCUCCUCCAA